CAGCAAUCAUUUGGACAGCCAUUGGAAACACUCUCUCUUUGUGAUGGAGCACGUGACAUGGAAGCUAAUCAAGAAUAUCUAGAAACUGAUGGGUUUUCGAAUAGUUUAGAGUCUCUACUUACAUGCCCUUUCGUCAUCAUGACGCAUGCUAUCUUGAUAGUUAGAUAUUCGUAUGUGAUGUUUUUAAUUCAGGAUGCACUACUUCAAGAG